AUGCGGACGGCCCUCUUCUUGUCCCUAACCCUCGCAUUUGUCACCGCUCAGGAGUCAACGCAGCCUCAGCCAACCGAAGCGCCAGCUAUCGUCUUUACGAAGCUCUGCUUCGAUCAAGAAGAUGCGGAAGUCUUGGAGAGCACUGCAAGUUACUCCAUUUUACUUUGAGUUUUAAAACAUAAUCGUGUUUUCUUGAAAAAAUCAACAUAUCAAAAUUUGUUCAGGGUACGAUCUGCGCAUUUGCCGUCCGCUUCCAACUGGCCAACAAGAACUGCGCCGAACUUGUAAAAGAAGCCUUGCCUGAGGGAUUUGUUGCUUUCGGAGAGCCGGAUGUGAGUCCGGUUGCAUUCGAAGAGCUCACUUCUCAAUUGACAGCGCCAGUGCGAGGGGGAAAGUACUGUUUCAUCGGUAAGAACUAACCUCAAUUUUUGCACAGCAUUAAUUGAAAUAAUUCAAAUACGGUGGGGGACCUGAUCCAGUGGCAAAAAACGUGCCGUUUUGCAUCCGAGAAGUAUCAAAAAUGUGGCAAAAUGCUUCCAGCUCUAAGUGAAAAAACUCCGAUUUCAGGGCGCGCCCUUUAAAACGAAGUUUUUUCGUUUGGAGAGGGAAGCAUUUUUCCACAUUUUUUAUGCUUCCUGUACUCAAAAUGAUACGUUUUUUGCCACCGGAUCGGGUCCGUCACUAUAUUUCUUUCAGCUCAAGCAGAGGAAUUGACACGGAUUCGAGGAUUCUGA